CUUUAUUCAAAUAAAAUGUGUGUAGCUAUUGUUUUAAAUUUUUUCAAGACCUUAAGAAUUCCUAAGCUCAGCUAUUAGAGUUUAAAACAAGUAUAUUGUGUGAUUAGUGAUCAAAUGGUUGGAUAAAACCAUUAUGCUGCAACCGCAAGGAAAUAAUGGCGGCAACUAUGACAACUAUCUAAUGACAACAAAUCGUACUACAGUUUAGUCAUUUUUUAAAUAUUUCUUUCGCUUUUGAUAAUAUUCUACAUUGUCUUUGCUGCAGUUUUAAAUUGUUUUGUAUUCGCUCUCUAGUUUAUCAGUUGAUUCUACACAAUGAGUCUUUGGGUUGAUAAGCAUCGUCCUAAAAAUUUAGCGCAAUUGGAUUAUCAUAAAACACAAGCUAAUCACUUGAAAAAAUUAGUGAAUAGUGGUGAUUUUCCUCAUAUUCUACUGUAUGGACCUCCCGGUGCUGGAAAGAAAACUAGAAUUAUGUGUCUUCUUCGUGAGUUAUAUGGAGCAGGUGUAGAGAAGUUGAGGAUUGAACACCAACUUUUUGAAACUCCUUCAAAACGAAAAGUUGAAAUAAUUACUAUUGCCAGCAACUAUCAUAUUGAAGUCAACCCAAGUGAUGUUGGAAUAUAUGAUAGAGUAGUCAUCCAAGAACUGUUGAAGACAGUUGCACAGACUCACCAGUUAGAUACUCACACUCAAAAAGAAUUCAAAGUUGUUGUUUUGAUGGAAGUUGAUAAACUUACAAAAGAUGCACAACAUGCUCUAAGGAGAACGAUGGAAAAGUAUAUGGCAACAUGCCGAAUCAUUCUGUGCUGCAAUUCUAGCAGUAAAGUUAUUCCUGCUAUAAGAAGUCGUUGCUUGGGCAUUCGUGUUGCUGCACCUGCUAUUUCUGAGAUUUCCACAAUCCUUCAAAACGUUUGCCGAAAGGAGUGUCUAUCGCUGCCCUCAGAGCUUGCAAAUAGAAUUGCAGAAAAAAGUAACCGCAACUUGAGAAGAGCAAUUUUGAUGUGUGAAGCAUGCAGAGUUCAACAAUAUCCAUUUACUGAUGAUCAAGAAAUUGUGGAACCUGACUGGGAGGUUUUCUUGCAUGAUACGGCUAAUUUUAUAGUGCAAGAACAGAGUCCCAAAAGGUUAGCAGAGGUUCGUGGUCGAAUAUAUGAAUUGAUAUCACAUCUUGUUCCUACAGACGUAAUAUUUAAGGGCUUGUUGAAAGAACUUGUGAAUAACUGCGAUGGUCAAUUGAAAGGUGAAGUUACCCAGCUUGCUGCGUUUUUUGAACAUCGUUUGCAAUUGGGUAGCAAAGCUAUAUAUCAUAUUGAAGCAUUUGUAGCAAAAUUUAUGGCUUUGUACAAAAAAUUUCUUGAAGAAAAUAUGGCUGAUGUUUACUAAAUUUUUCAAUAAUAUUAAAUCUUUAUAUUUUGCAUUUUAUGCUUUUUGAAUUUUUAUUGAUAUCUCUACCAUGUACAAUUUUCA